AUGACUCCGUGGCAUUUUCCUCCGAAACAGAAUUCCAGCGAGCCGGUACCCUUCUUCUUUGUGGGCAACAAGUCCGACUUGGCGCGUCUACGGGAAGUGCCCAUGACUGAUGUUCAAAAGCCCUCCGAGGAUGAGUACAAACUCCAACUCCAUGACAUAUCUGCUGAGGGCAAGGACAAGAAAAAAGGGAAAAUGAAGCUAUGGGAAAAACUUCGAUGCUGCUAG